AUGGCUUCCGAAGAAGACUUGAUACUGAUAGGCUUGGCAGUCGCUUUACUACCCAAUAAUAAUCAUAAUAAAAAACAAAAAAUAAAACGUAAACGUUCGAAAUGGCUUGCGGAUGAAGAAAUAUAUACUGAGUUGCUAGGGCUUGUUUUUCAAAUAAUUCAGAAAGAAGAUACUAUAAUGCGACAAGCGAUUACUCCUCAUGAAAGGUUAACUAGUACUUUGAGAUUCCUAGUCACAGGAAGAAAUUACGAAGAUCUUAAGUUUUCAACUGGCAUUUCUGCACAUGCUCUAGGAAAAAUAAUACCAGAGACACGUAGAGCGAUAUUUGAUGUUCUUCAGGAAAAUUAUUGCAAGUUUCCACGCACAAGACAAGAGUGGGAACAAAUAGGACUAGAUUUUGAGAAUAGAUGGCAGUUUCCAAACUGUUUAGGUGCAGUUGACGGGAAGCAUGUAAGAAUAGUACCUCCAGCAGGAAGUGGAUCAUACUACUACAAUUAUAAACAAUUUCACAGUAUAGUAUUGAUGGGUAUUGCAAAUAGUAACUACGAAUUAAUACUGUUUGAUGUGGGUACAAAUGGACGAGUAUCUGAUGGUGGUGUUAUUAACAAUACAUCUUUUUACAAAGCAUUAUUAAAUGAAAAAUUAAAUUUACCUCCAAUAAACCAUCGUAAUAAUCUUCCAUAUGUAUUCAUUGGAGAUGAAGCUGUUGCUCUUCGAAAGGAUUUUUUGAAACCAUNCCAUCACCUUCCAAGUCGGUGA